AGUUCCUAAAAACUGGGAACCAGCAACAGGCUAUUGGCCGGAAGUUGUGCAAGUCCCCCGUUAUAAUACAUAUCGAAACCCCGUUCCGGCCUUUUUCUAGAGACGGCCGAUAGAAGCAGAUAUGCCUCUCGCUAAAGAUUUACUGCAUCCCUCUUUGGAGGAGGAGAAGAGAACAUGCAAACUGAAGAGAUUGGUCCAAAGUCCAAACAGUUAUUUCAUGGAUGUUAAAUGUCCAGGAUGCUACAAGAUUACCACAGUUUUCAGCCACGCCCAGACGGUGGUGUUAUGUGUGGGGUGCUCCACAGUGCUGUGCCAGCCCACCGGGGGGAAAGCCAGACUCACAGAGGGCUGUUCUUUCCGUAAGAAGUCGCACUAGACUGACAACGUUAUUUAUAUAGGCUGUAUGAGAAAGAGAGGCUGAGAUAUAUGGGGUUGGCAUGGCGACCGUCGUCAACAUUUGGACUUUGUGAUACUCUUCAUUUAUUAUUUUUUCCUGGACAACAUGCAUAAUUGUUUCUUUGAUUUACGACCCUGGGUCAGAUCAUCAAUCGUCUCAGAAGAUUCCACACCCAGGCUUUGUGUGCUACAACUAUAGUACUGAUGAAUUACUGGUGAUACUUUGCUAUUUCUAUUGAGUGCCAAUAUUGUUACUCUGUAUUA